GCUGUGGCUUUGAUUUCUCCGGCGGCCACGCGAGGCUGGAGUGAGUCAGGGCCAGAAGGGCACCGGUGCGGCCGCACUGGAUCAGCCUGCCCCUCCUAAUGGGGGUGGGCGUGGAGAAGGGGGUCUUGGGCGGGGCAGGCCUCCCUCGGCAGAGCGUCCGGGUUGGCCCUGGAGGCGCGCGGGGCGGGGCGGAGGCGUCUGGGCCGCAGGACACCCGGGACCGGGAGCCCAGGUGGAGGGCUUAAGUCUCGGAAGGUCCGGUGGAGGGAAUGGGGGCUUUAGACGUGAGUCGGGGGCGGGGCCGCCAGGGCCUCGGAGGGACAGACUGGACUCCGCGUGGGGAGCCCCCUUUCCGCGGCGAGCAGCUUAUAGACGCCAUUCAGCUCUGCUAAACCUGCUGGGGACCCCGUGCCUUGCUCCCACGGUCUAUUCUGCGGCAGACCCUGUGCCUCAUCCCCGGUCUAAUAUCCUGUGAACCCUGAGCCUGGCCCCACAGCCAUGUCCCCCUCCUCUACCCUGCUCAGUGGCCGCGAGCCAUCCAGCUUCGGCUCGGUGGACUGGCUUUCCCAGAGCAGCCACGUGGGGCCGUCACACACCUCCAGGCCCGCUGAAGUCUCUUGGAGGAGCGCCUCUGCCCCAGCCAGGGUGUCCAGCAGCAGGGAGCUCCCUCAGACUGUGGGCAUGGAGAAUUCCUCAGAUGUGUCUUCGCCAGGCACGACCACGGCCGGGUGGAGCAAGGAGGCAGAGACCCUGCGGGCUCCUCGAGUGCGCACGGCCUUCACCGCGGAGCAGGUCAGCACCCUGGAGAGCGCCUUCCAGCACCACCGCUACCUGGGCCCCCUGGAGCGCCGGACGCUGGCCCGGGAGAUGCGGCUCUCUGAGGCGCAGAUAAAAACCUGGUUUCAGAAUCGCCGAAUGAAACACAAACGCCAACUGCAGGACUCCCAGCUGAGCAGCCCCUUCCCUGGAGCGCUCUACCCACAGGUGGCACUCUGCCCACCUCCCUCUGCCCUGCGCAGCGGCCUGCAGCUGCUGUGCCCUUGCGCAUCCCUACCUGGGCCUCGAGCUCUGGGACAGCCCCGUGGCUCCUUUUGGGAUCUCUGCCAACUAGAACAAACGUCCGUGGCCUUGGCGUGGGCCUCGUGCAGCAGGCAGCCUCUCUUGUGCUGCCUCCCGGACCCCGGGGGCCAGGCACACAUGCCGGGCCCAGCCUUGUCCAGGGGACCCUGGGACCUGUGUGCCCUGCCCCAGACCGGGGAUGCCUUUUGAAGAAGUGUGAUAAGCCGGAGGCCUGGGCUGGCACGGGAGCGUGUCAGACGCUGCCAUCUCCCACACAGCAGGUGCAAGCAGAGCUGUGCCUGGCAUCUCCAGAGAGCCAUUCACCAUUCAUUUCCACCACAGCGACACCAGAUGUGAGCCGUGUGUCCAUCCACAGGCAGGACCUGGAAGCCUGAACCACCGUAAGAUUCUGGAGGGUUUACAGUUGAAGACGUUUUACAGCUGCUCCUUCACUGAAAACACUCCAGGCUUAGUUUAAGAACUAAAUGAUGGGUCAGUGAACAAAACCAAAAGCCAGACAUGAACUUGCAAAGUGUUGGGCUUAUAGCAUAUGACUAACUGGUAAUUUAUUAAUAUAAAGUGUUGGAAAAAAAUAAAGAGGCAGGGGUGCCUGGCUGGGUGGAGUCUGCGACUCUUGACCGUGGGCUGUGAGUUCGA